AUGUCACAACAUCAAAAUACUUCUGCUUCAAAAACUACUAAGUCUACUCAAAAGGUUAGCACUCCUUCCAUGGACAUUCCCAAUGAUGAGAUUCUAGAUGUGGUUCCUCUAUCAGUUAUUCCCUGCGAGGCCCUUGAUUUGAACCAUCCCAUGGAUGCCUCAGCUUCGGCAUGCCCCAAUCUAGGUAACAUCUCUAGUAUCCCUUAUGGCUCAAUUCCUGCCACUAGCUCUAAGGAAGAUAUACACCACACUGAUCUUGUCAUAAGAAACCUAGUAACUAGAAUCCUUAAUGAAGGAUAUUCUGUGAAGGGAGUCCCUACUCCCUUAUCUAAAAUGUACCCCUCUCCUGAGGUUGAACAACAUAGUGAGAAGAAUAACGAUUCCUCCAGUUCUGAGAAGAACAUGACUGCUGAAGGGUUGUGCUCUUUAGGGCAAACUGUGUUUGAUAAAGGAAAAUUUGUGGCAUCUAAAACUGCCAAUGCUUCCCACUUUGAGAGGCAUGAUGAUGUAAAUGAUGUGAUUGACCUAGAGGAUGAUAGGUUUGAUGAUCAAGAGGAUAACUUACUUCAUCACUUAAAUCCAUGUGUGGCUAAACGCAUAAAGACUCGAAAAGGAAGAUCUGUGGCUGAACUUAUGUCAGCUAGAAAAACUAAGAAGACUGUUGGUAUUGGUCCCUCCAAAUCUUGGAGCAAGGUUUUAGUGAAGAAGAGGAAGGUUAGAGAAAAUUCUGAGUCUGAAGAGGAUGUUGAGGAAGAUGUCUCUGACAUCUCUCCUGUGAAGAAAACCACUGUGAGGAAGUCUCAUGUUAAAGUUGUUGUUGUGCAUUUGGAUAAUAUCUCUUUCCAUCUUGAGGAUGGAGCUGCCAAAUGGAAAUUUAUGAUUCAAAGAAGGGUGGUUGUUGAAAGGGAGUUGUGA